AUGGAGAAGCUGAUAUCGGAAAGACCUGUUUCUGUGUCUAAGGAUGAAAUGCCUAAAAUUCCUUCCCAGGAGAAGCCAGAUACGAACUCGUGCCCUCAUGCCCCUGGCAAGUGUUUCCUCCCUGGUGGGGUGGACAAUGAGAAUUGUAAGGCUAAUGAGAAGGAAAGGGAGUGGAUCCGCCCCGAUACGCCUAGCAAAUGCACGUGGAAGCUUGGGAAACCCCUCUCUGCUUCCCCCCAUCGCCAUACCACUCUGCCAGAGCCUCUGAAAAUCCUGCCAAGCAUCCUGAAUAAAGUUGGCAAUACACCCUUGGUGCGAAUCAACAAGAUUGGGAAGCAGUAUGGGCUCAAGUGUGAACUCUUGGCAAAAUGCGAGUUCUUCAAUGCUGGAGGCAGUGUCAAGGACCGCAUCAGCCUGAGGAUGGUGGAGGAUGCUGAGAAAGCUGGAAUCUUGAAGCCUGGGGACACCAUCAUAGAGCCAACCUCUGGAAACACAGGAAUUGGGCUGGCCUUGGCUGCUGCAGUGAAGGGUUACCGCUGUAUCAUUGUGAUGCCAGAGAAAAUGAGCAUGGAGAAGGUGGAUGUCCUGAGAGCUCUGGGUGCUGAGAUUGUGAGGACCCCAACGACUGCCAGGUUUGAUUCUCCAGAAUCUCACGUGGGAGUAGCAUGGAGACUGAAAAACGAAAUCCCCAAUUCACACAUACUGGACCAGUACCGUAAUGCCAGCAACCCCCUGUCGCACUACGACACCACGGCUGAAGAGAUCCUGCAGCAGUGUGAAGGAAAAAUAGACAUGCUGGUGGCUGGGGCUGGCACAGGAGGUACUAUCACUGGCAUUUCCAGAAAGCUGAAGGAGAAGUGUCCCAGUUGCAAAAUUGUAGGUGUUGAUCCUGAAGGCUCCAUCCUUGCUACGCCAGAAGAGCUGAACAAGACUGACAAGACAAUGUAUGAAGUGGAGGGAAUUGGAUACGAUUUUGUCCCCACGGUCUUGGACAGAUCUGCAGUGGACCAGUGGUACAAGAGCAAUGAUGAGGAGUCGUUUGCUUUAGCACGAAAGCUGAUCCGAGAGGAAGGACUACUGUGUGGUGGCAGCUCAGGCAGUGCCAUGGCUGUAGCGGUGAAAGCAGCCAAAGAGCUGAAGGAAGGUCAGCGCUGUGUUGUUAUCCUUCCUGACUCCAUCAGGAACUACAUGUCGAAGUUCUUGAGCGACAAAUGGAUGAUUCAGAAGGGAUUCAUGAAAGAAGAAGACCUUGUGAAAAAGCCUUGGUGGUGGAACAUCAGUGUUCAGGAACUUAGCCUCUCUGCUCCCCUGACUGUGCUUCCAACUGUUACCUGUGCAAACACUGUUGAAAUUCUUCGAGAGAAGGGAUUCGACCAGGUACCAGUUGUUGAUGAAUCUGGGGUGAUUCUGGGCAUGGUUACCCUGGGUAACAUGCUUUCUUCACUGCUUGCUGGGAAAGUUCAGCCUUCGGAUGAAGUUAGAAAAGUGAUCUACAAGCAAUUUAAACAGAUUAACCUGAAAGACAACUUGGGGAAACUCUCUCAUAUCCUGGAAAUAGACCACUUUGCUCUAGUGGUUCAUGAGCAAGUUCAAUAUAACACUGACGGUUCUUCCAGUAAGCGGCAAAUGGUGUUUGGCAUCGUUACAGCCAUCGACCUGCUUAACUUCGUGACUGCACGAGAAAGGGAAAGAAAGUCCAACUGA